AUGUAUCUGAACAAGCUACUUAAAAGCGUUUUGACCAUUCUCCCACUAUCAACCUUACAAGCUGUCCACGCAGCAUCAACGCCCCCCACACCAGACCUAAGUUUCCUCUACACAGCAUACGUCCUCUGUUCCCCAAGUAUCUACGAAACACAAGGACCCUCUGGAAUCCAAAAAGCCAUCCCUAUCAUAGGCGGAAACUUCACUGGGCCCCGUCUCAGUGGGAAAAUUCUAGAUCUUGGCGCUGACUGGGGUAGCACGGAUCCCCAGACUGGUAUUUUCUCCGCAAACACGAGAUACAAUCUGCAAACGCACGAUGGAGCCAAUCUCUUUUUACAAACUUCUGGUCCGAAGCAGAAGGAUGGAAACUUGCAUUUGAAAAUUGAUAUCAUGACUGGGGAUAAGCGAUAUUACUGGGUGAAUAAUAUUGUUGCUUUUGGGAUAUUGCAUGGUGUUGGAGAGAGUGAUGAGGGGAUCUCGACUUUGCGGAUUGAUGCUUGGCAUAUGACCUCUGAGUGGAAUUCAACUACUUUUGUGAACGGAUCAACUUAUCAUUAA